AACCUUGGAUAUUUUACUUAAACUGAGUGCUUAAAGGUCAACUAAGGAAGGGGAUGAAAAACAGACCAAUCCUAUUACAGCGCGGGAUUUCAAACGUUCCCUAAUCCAAUCAUGUAGCAGCUUAUUAGAUCUGGGUCUAUAAAUAUAGGGUGGCAGAAUUACAUCGUUAGAUCCAGCAACCUUUUCUCUCAGCUCAACCAUGGCUCGUACUAAGCAAACUGCUCGAAAGUCUACUGGGGGAAAAGCUCCUAGAAAGCAACUCGCUACUAAAGCAGCUCGGAAAAGUGCUCCCGCCACCGGCGGUGUGAAGAAGCCUCACCGCUACCGGCCCGGCACUGUGGCGCUGCGAGAGAUUCGCCGCUACCAGAAAUCCACAGAGCUUCUUGUUCGGAAGCUGCCUUUCCAGCGUCUGGUUCGCGAAAUUGCCCAAGAUUUUAAGACAGAUCUCCGCUUCCAGAGCUCGGCGGUGAUGGCCUUGCAGGAAGCGAGUGAAGCCUAUCUUGUGGGGCUGUUUGAGGACACAAAUCUCUGCGCCAUCCACGCCAAGCGGGUCACCAUCAUGCCCAAGGAUAUCCAGCUAGCUCGUCGCAUCCGCGGCGAGAGGUCGAUAAGAUUUCCUUAUUUGUUUGUAAUGGCUCGUACUAAGCAAACAGCCCGGAAAUCUACCGGUGGCAAAGCGCCCCGAAAGCAGCUGGCUACUAAGGCAGCUCGUAAGAGCGCCCCGGCUACUGGCGGCGUAAAAAAGCCUCACCGUUACAGGCCCGGCACCGUGGCGUUGAGAGAGAUCCGGCGCUACCAAAAGUCUACCGAGCUGCUGAUCCGCAAGCUGCCUUUCCAGCGCCUGGUCCGCGAGAUCGCCCAGGACUUCAAGACCGAUCUGCGCUUCCAGAGCUCGGCUGUGAUGGCUCUGCAGGAAGCUAGUGAAGCUUACCUCGUAGGGCUGUUUGAGGACACAAAUUUGUGUGCUAUCCACGCUAAGCGCGUGACCAUCAUGCCCAAAGACAUCCAGCUGGCUCGCCGCAUCCGCGGAGAGAGGGCUUAAAUUCUCGGCAGCCUUUUAAAAUGCCGUACCCAAAGGCUCUUUUCAGAGCCACCCACUA